CAGUGUAUGUGGGCGACGCCACUUAGCGUGACAGUAGCUGCAGCUCAGUUUGUUUCUCCGUGGCUGUGAACAAAUUUUAGGGCUUAGGGCCUAUCGUUUUCUGGGGCUUUAAACUAGCAAAACUUCUUUAUACAGCAAAAUGUUCAUAGGUAAUCGGAAGAUUAGUAACGAUACUUAAUCAUGUCUACAGGGAGUGGAUCCGUAGUGCCUCACAGCGACCAUAAACCGUCAAAAAAGGAGUUGAUUAUUGGAGGAUCUUUAGCAAUUGGUGGAAAUCUGAUGAUCAGCAUAGCAAUGAAUAUACAGAAAUAUGCUCUCAUGCAGCUGAUAAAACGUGGAGCAUCUGAGCAUGAUUACACCAAGAGCCGGUUGUGGUGGUUCGGGAUUGUGCUGAUGGUGUUCGGUGAAUUGGGUAACUUCAUGGCAUAUGGAUUUGCUCCCGCCACUACUGUGGCACCACUUGGUACAACCACUGUUUUAGCAAAUGCAUACAUAGCUUCAUUAUACCUCGGGGAAAAGGUUAGAAGACAAGAUCUUUUAGGAACAGUUGUAAUACUUGUUGGAGUGUUCCUCAUCCUUACAUUUAGUACAUCGCAAGAUAUACGUUUGGAUGCAACUCAACUGAAGCAUCACUUGGAGCAAUGGUCAUUUAUUUUUUAUGUAGUUGUAGAAGCAGUGAUUUUUGUUGCUUGUAUUUAUCUUGUUAAGGUGCAUUUAGUAAAACAUGUCGCUCUUUACCUUCUGCCAGCAGCAAUACUUGCUUCUCUUACCAUAAUUGGAGCUAAAGCUGUGUCAUCAAUGUUGGACAUUACAUUUGCCGGUGACAUUCAGUUGGUGUAUCCUCUAUUUUAUUUUAUGAUUCUGCUGAUGGUUGUCACGGGUGUUAUACAGAUAAGAUUUGUAACAAAGGCUAUGCAAGAGUUUGACUCCACUGUCGUUGUACCAACAAAUUUUGUAUUCUUUACAAUAAGUGCUAUUUUAGCAGGUAUAUUUUUCUACCAAGAAUUCAUGGGUCUCACAUACUUACAGGUUACUAUGUUUUUAUAUGGGUGUUUCUUUUGUUUCUUUGGUGUUGGUCUGAUAGCGGAAGGCAGAGAAAAUCAUGAUGCAAGUCCUCCACCUACAGAAACUACCAAAUUGACGGAUUCACAGAAAAUAAAACAAAAAACCAAAGAUUUAGUUCAAAACUCAGACUUUUCAAAGCAUAAAGUGCAGCCUAGCAGCAUUUCAACCCAGUCAUCAUCGCUUAAGACAAGUUCAAGUGAUGAAGAGGCACCCCCUUCACCAAUUAUUAUCUUUCAUUUUGAGAUGAAUCAGGACCAGGAUCAAGAGGUGAAAGGAAGUGAAAUUCUGUUUAAUCCUGAAGAAGAGAUCGAUGGCAAAACGUCCCAACAAGUUCAACAAGCAAUUCAUGAAAACGAUUUGAAAUAAGAUUUUGAUUAGUUAUUUUAAACAAAUAUAAAAUUGCAGGAUGAAGUUGUACGGACAAUUAAUUUUAAUUGCCAACUGUAUGUGACUGCUGGCAUUAAAAAAGUACUGUGUUUCUCAGAGGUACCAGUCUUUUGUAGACCUGCCUCCUAGGUACCUGUAUGAAGCCUCUGGAAGAUCUGACAACAAGGAUAUUUGAAAGGUGUAUUAAUUGAAUCUAUUAAUCACUUCUAUUUACCCUUUACAAUUUUGUUGAGCUCUCAUUUGGAUGAGGGACAGGGAAGACUUUACUGACAGGAUCGCUGGUUUUGCUACCUCUGUUGGUUCCACAGCUGCAUCUGCUGUAUAAAUAUCAUUGAUGCUAAUAAUUGAUAUAUGUUGUAAAAAUGUGUAUACCGUACUAUGAUUUUAUACAGUAUUGUGAAUAGUAGGUCUAACAUUGAUUUUAUUUAUGAAGUUUUAAUAUUUUCUGCACUUUUUGUAGAUUGAUAGCUCUUGCCUUAGAUCAAGAUACUGUAUUGUAAAUUCACAUUUUAUACAGGAAAUUCAAUUUGCACAAUAAUAAAUAUAUAAUAUAAUACAAAAUAA